UAUUUAAUUUUUUUUUAACUUGGCUUGUAUUGAAUUGGAAAGAGUGCUAUUUAUAGUUCCAAGCAAGCAAAGCUCCCUGUAAUCGAUGGAAAGAAUGAUGAUCCCUGUAACCAAUUCUGAUUAAAUUUACUUGACAGUGCUUACUAGCUAUACCUAAUGUUCGUGGCAAUUAUGAAUUUUCAAAAAAAUUGUGAAUUAUUGUGCUUGUAUAUUGCCUCUUUCGACUUUUCAGGUCAUUGUGUAGGUUAUUAAGAUGAAUUCAACAAAUUAAUUUGUUGUCUGUCAGUUACUCUCUAAAAUAGGCUACCCAAAAUAAACAUUGUGUAUCAUCGGCGUUGCUGCACCCGAUCGAGGUAGCAGCGAGUCUGAGAAGAAGAGCUUUGUUUGCAUUAGCAGCACAGUCAUGCCUCACUUGAAUGCAUUGCCUAACGACAGAGUGAAGAAAGCCAGUUAUUACGUGUGGUUUCUCGGCGCGAGUGAAUGCAGAGGCCUGCGAGGCAGUGAUGUGGUUUCAUCAGUGCUCGGAAAACUUUUAGGGAGAGAACGGUCAGAGGAACCACAGAAGGUCACUCUUCAAGUAUCAUCGAAAGGGAUCAAGUUAUUGCAGUUACUCCAGGAUGGUUUAAAUUUGGGCAUUGGUGGAUUGGAUGGUGGAGGCCGAGCAGCGAAACAUCUGAUUCCAGCUGGUGCUUUAACAUACGUUCAACAGGAAAGUCCUCCCAAUGACGAUCUAGUGACUGCCGUUUUACUGAUUUAUAAUCCAGUCACAAGGUGCCCGGUGCAUCUGCAUGCUUACCGUUGCGACUCCUCUGACACUGCAACAAUUCUGCGCGACCACCUCGAGCAACUGGUCAAUAAACCUCAGCAGCAGGCCAAACUCUCUGCCCUGGAAUCCAGACUAGCGAGUCGUGGUCUGCUGCCUAGGAAUCGUUCAUCUGCAGUCUUCGGGCCAUCGUCCAACACUAACCUAAGUAACGGAGCCUCCCUAGCUGCAUUGUACGAUUCGCUUGCAAACGAACUCAAAGAAAAACUCGGCGGCGCAGGCAAUUCUGCCGGUCCUUUAUUGUUGCUGCCUCCUCGUGACUACCACAGCAAUAGACACGAGGACGACUCGGCCAGGUCUUCGGGUAUAGGAAGUGACGACGCACCUCCAUCUCCGCUCCUGGAUUCCUCUCAUCAUCGUUCCCCCCUCAACAGACAACCGUCGUCUUCCGACGACGAGUGGGCUUGCGACGACGUCCGUCCUGAGAUCAACGGACUUUCGUGGAAAAAUUCACCCCCCUCUGGAGGAGGAGGUGGAGGAGGGGGUCUCUUGGGGGGGUUAAAUGGUAACCGGGGGUCCAAUCAUCGCCUUCGCUCCCCAUCCCCCCUGACGAGAGCUAGCAAAGCCAGGCCUGAAGUGUAUAAAGAACCUCACAAAAACUCUAGUAGGAAUCUUGCCCACAAAGAAUCUUUCAGAGAUUCUCUCACGUACGGAAAAUUGGAGAGAGAAGGAUACAAUGACAAGGACUUGUGCGGUCGCCCUGACCGGGAGGAGUCUUGUGGCAAGGAUUGCUACAGGAGCAACUCGAGGCAGGCCUCGCGCAGGAUGACGUCACCAUCUCGUAAUUUAUCGCCCGUUAGGAUUGGUGUGACAAGGAAGGUUCCUCCGUCACUCAAACACUCUAGUGCUUAUCAACCUACCCGAGACAGGAGCGAAUCUCCGGUCUCUCAACGAGAGAGAUUCCACGACGCUCGGGAUAAGUUUCUGUCACUGGAGCGCGAGUGGAGACGCAACGGCGACAUGCGAGGUUCUACGAUACCCAUUGCAGACACGGCCGUCGCAGCGUCCAGACGAAGCAAAGGCAACAUAUGUCGACGGAGGGAUAACCGCGAGGAACUCGGGUGGCCGAAGACCGACCGAGACACCGGUUAUGGCUCUCGGGACGGCCUUUUGAGGGACAAGCGCGCCGGUGGCCGCGACUAUGACCGAGGCUACGGCACGUGCGAUACAAGGGACUCGGAACACUGGCUCCGAGAAUUAGAGAGAAGAUCCCCUGACUACUGGGAUGUAAAGGGUGCGCCCGAGAGGUCACUCAGCCCAUCGCAUCGCUAUGAGAAUAAGAAUUAUAGGUUCCUUCGCAACCGAUCACCCGAUCGAAUCGAUCAUCAGAGGAGCGAGUAUCAGCGAGCGAAGUCUAUGCAUGAUCUUAGCAGAAACCGUUCUGCGGUAGAAGAUGACGUGAAAGGAGAUCUACGGCGGAGAUCUCUGUACGACGCAUUAGACAACAACUCACACUUACAGAAGUCCCGUAGUCAGCAGCAUCAGGGCCUUCAGUAUCAUUCCUACGGUAAUCUUGGGCCCGUGCGCAGUUCUACUCCAUCUUCCUGCUCCAGUGCUGGUCAGUCAGGCCAAGGGUAUGAAAUACCAGAGUCUCAGAGGUAUCCUGGCCUGGAUCGAGCCACCGCUAGACCCGAUCCUCUUCUCGCUCCGCGGUAUGCGGGAUUCAGCAAACGCACCUUCGACUAUCCCGUUAACGGCGGCCAAGCGCCUAUCCACAUCAGUCGGGCUCACCAUGACGACUAUCGACGAUUCCGUUACGAUCAUAACCAUGGGCAGUUCACGCGAUCCACAACCAUCUCUGGCGUGCCGUAUUGAGGUCUACAUCUUUAGGCAUCCCACUAUUCCCCUCCUCGAAUGUUUGUUUUUGCCUUUAUAAAAGUACCGAUUCAAUCCGAAUUAAUUGUUGAUAAGCGAUCUCAACAGUAAAAAUUCUUGUUCGAAUUUCAUUGGAGGUGUGAAUGCUCAUCGGGUUAAAUUUCUGUAUCUUGUUCAUGCGAAGAAAAUCUUUAUUGUUCCGUUGAUAGGCUCAGUUGAUUUGAGUUCUUCAAAAAAAUUUAAAUCCGAAAGUUGUCAGUGGACUCAUCGAGAGGAUUUUUAUCCACCAUGGCAGUCACUGAACACUAAGUCCCUACAAUAUAUGGCACUGUGUAGCUGACACUCGUAUGCCACUGCUCUAACACUUCUUAUGCUGACUUGCAGCUUCGUUUUUAGCGCAUUUUCUCAUUUAUGGAAAAAAUGCACUAUUGUGCUCGC